GUCCCGGGGCGCCGGCUGGCCCGGCGGCCCCCCCCCAGCUGGCUUGGUGGGGCGAGGCUGAAGGCCGGGCCCAGCGAGCGCCAUGGCGGCCGCCCUGGGAGCGGGCGGAGGAGCGGGCGCCGGAGAUGAUGACUUUGACCAGUUUGAUAAGCCGGGUGCGGAGCGGUCCUGGAGGAGAAGAGCUGCGGACGAGGACUGGGACAGUGAACUUGAUGAUGACUUACUUGGAGAAGAUUUGCUGUCUGGCAAAAAGAAUCAAUCGGAUUUGUCAGAUGAAGAGCUAAAUGAUGAUCUCCUACAGAGUGAUAAUGAAGACGAAGAAAAUUUCUGUACUCAGGAUGUCACGAUCAGUCUGACUGCCACGUCAGACAUGGUCACAUCAUUUGAGAUGUCUGACACUAACGACCAGUCUGCAGAACAGGAAUCCGAGUAUGAGCAAGGAGAGGACGAACUCGUUUAUCACAAAUCGGACGGGUCUGAACUGUAUGCUCAUGAGUACCCAGAAGAAGGGCAGUAUGAAGGCCACGACGCUGAGCUCCCAGAAGACCACAUUGAGUACGUGGAGGAGCCCGAGGAGGAGCAGCUGUACAAUGACGAGGUCCUAGACAUCGAGAUCAAUGAGCCUUUAGAUGAAUUCACAGAUGAAGAAUACUUGCAGGCUUGUGGGCAACAAGGGAUGAAAGAGCAGGAAGACUGUGUUGCUGAAGAGGAAUUAGAUGAGAUUACUGAUUCCCAGGUUGAUCCUGAAACCGAAGAGGGAGGCAUGGAGACUUUGGAGCUGCAGAAGGACAUCAAAGAAGAGUCAGAUGAAGAAGAUGAUGAUGAUGAAGAAUCUGGACGAUUGCGUUUCAAAACUGAAAGGAAAGAAGGAACAAUCAUUAGGCUCUCAGAUGUAACUAGAGAGAGAAGGAACAUUCCAGAAACGCUGGAGCUUUCAGCAGAAGCCAAAGCCGCGCUGCUUGAAUUUGAAGAGAGGGAGCGGCAGCACAAGCAGGGCCGCUAUGGCUCCAGGCGGGGAGGAAGGAGAGGAGGCUCGUCCCUGUGCCGCGGCGUGGGAGACCAGAGGAGGGAGAGCAGCGAGAGGGGCCGCGCCAAGGACCACAGGCCUGCUCUGCUGCCCACGCAGCCCCCUGUGGCGACGUACUCUCCAAGACUAAUUCCUCCUCCACAGCCUCAGCCGCCGCCGCCGCCGCCGCCGCCACCACCGCCGCCGCAGCAGCCGAUCCGCAGUCUUUUCCAGCAGCAGCAGCUCCAGCCCCUGCUGCCCCUGCAGCACCCACACCACCCCUCGCCUCCGCAGGGGAUGCACAUGCCGCCCCAGAUCGAGGCCCCCCGCGUGAUGAUGACCCCUCCUCCCGUGACCCCGCAGCAGCCCAAGAACAUACACAUCAACCCCCACUUCAAAGGGGCCGUGGUGACGCCCGUCCAAGUGCCCUUGCUGCCAGUCCCGAGCCAGCCGAGACCUGCGGUGGGACCCCAGAGAUUCCCAGGCCCUCCAGAGUUCCCGCAGCACACGCCUGGCCCCGUCCCCAACAGCUUCAGCCAGCCCCCUCGGCUUCCUCUUCAGGACCAGUGGAGGGCCCCGCCCCCGCCCCAGGAGCGAGACCCUUUCUUCUUGGGAGUUUCAGGUGAGCCAAGGUUCCCGAGCCAUCUGUUCCUGGAGCAACGAAGUCCCCCCCCACCGCCUCCUCCUCCCACGCUCCUCAGCAGCGGUCACCCUGUGCCCACACCCAGCCCCUUGCCGUUCACCCAGCCCGGCCCAGCGUUCAGUCAGCAGGGGCAGCAGCCUGUGUUCCCCAGAGAGAGGCCCGUGAGGCCAACCCUCCAGCCGCCAGGGCCUGUGGGGCUCCUGCACUUCAGCCAGCCGGGGUCUGCGGCCACGAGGCCCUUCAUCCCUCCUCGCCAACCCUUCCUGCCGGGCCCGGGACAGCCCUUCCUGCCCACCCACACGCAGCCCAGUCUGCAGGGGCCGCUGCACCCCCCGCUGCCCCCGCCACACCAGCCGCAGCCGCAGCCGCAGCAGCAGCCCCCGCUCCAGCCGCCGCUGCAGCCCCCGCUGCAGCCGCCCCCACCACACCAGCCUCCGCACCAGCCGCAGCAGCACCACCACCACCUCUCCGUGCCGCCCCCGCCGCUGAUGCCCGUGGCUCAGCCCCAGUUUAGGCCUCACAUGCCGGCGACCCAGCCUCAGCCCAGCAGCAGCCGGAUGCAGUGCCCCCAGCGCCCGGGGCUGCGGCAUAACACUGCUUCUCAGAACGUCACCAAGCGGCCAAUGCAGCAGAUGCAGCCAACGGCUCCGAGGAAUAGCAAUCUGCGCGAGUUACCGAUCGCGCCGCCUCACGUCAUCGAGAUGAGCACCAGCCGCUGCUCCUCCACGCCUGCGGCUCAAGUGAAACCCAUCAUGAGCACGUCUCCCCCCUCGAGGCCCGGGCUGGGGCCCAGGAACGCGCAGGGAAAGGCCGAAGGGAGAGUCAAGCCGCUUAGCCCUGUGGGUCAGCCGAAAGAGGAAGCAAAGACCGAACCAGAGUUUCCUGAUGAAGAUGAAGAAACGAGGUUGUACCGUCUGAAGAUAGAGGAGCAGAAGCGCCUGCGAGAAGAGAUCCUAAAGCAGAAGGAGCUGCGGCGGCAGCAGCAGGCGGGCGCCCGGAAGAAGGAGCUGCUCGAGAGGCUGGCCCAGCAGCAGCAGCAGCAGCAGCAGCAGCUCUGUGCCCCGCCCACCCCCGCCGCGCCCGGCGAGGAGACGCCCGCCCCGCCGCCUGCCAACGGCAACCCGCUGCUCCCCUUCCCGGGGCCUCCGGUCAGACCCAAUGUGAAAAACAGACUCCUUGUCAAAAACCAGGAUGCGGCCGUUGCAAACGUUCCACCCAAAACGUCGGGCUUUGUGCCGUCUGGUGCUCACACACAGUAUCCAGGACAACAGAUGAAGCCACUGAAACACUUGAGACAGGCCAGAACCAUACCUCAGAGCCCAGCUCAGCACAAAGUCCUGCAGGUGAAGCCCGCCGGUGGGGAGGGGCCGCCACCCCCCUCGCAGACCGCUCGGGCCGCAUCCCUCCAAGGCCGGCCCCCGGAGGUCAAGCCCGGCGCCAAGAGGACUGUCAUGCACCGGGCCAACAGCGGUGGUGGAGACGGGCCACACGUCGGCUCCAAGGUCAGGGUGAUUAAGUUGUCAGGCGGGCAGGGAGGAGAGAGCGACGGCUUUUUUCACCCGGAGGGCCAGCCUCAGCGGCUCCCUCAGCCCCCAGAGGCGAGGCAGCAGCCCGCCCGCAAGGUGACGCUGACCAAGGGGGCGCUCCAGCAGCCGCAACACCCUGCGGUGGGGGCCCACAUGCACGCGGCCGGCCCGCCAGGCAUCAAGAGCAUCCAGGGGAUCCACCCAGCCAAGAAGGUGCUCGUGCAUGGGAGAGGCCGGGGCCUGGUGGGAGCCAUGGGCCGGGGCCGCCUGAUGCCCAACAAGCAGAACCUGCGGGUGGUGGAGUGCAAGCCUCAGCCCUGCGUCGUGUCUGUGGAGGGCCUCUCCUCGUCCACCACCGACGCCCAGCUGAAGAGCCUGUUGACGUCGGUGGGGCCCAUCCAGAAGAGGUGGAUCUGCUAUUUGCUGAGCUGGCGUCAAGAGAGCAAGCAGACAAGCCUGCUGGCGGCCGCCCCGCGCCAGGCGCCCUGGGCCUGCUGCUGGUCAGGGGCGCCUGGUGGCGUGCCGGGCGACCCGACUGCCCCUCCGUGUGGCCGGUGUGAACCUCGGCGCCAUGCCAGCUGGGCACUGGAGACCGUUCGUUUCUGUAGCUUGCAGAUGCUCCCCCAGCAGCGGAAAGCCAUAGCCAAGUUCAAGGAGCCAGCGCACGCGCUGGCAUUCCAGCAGAAGUUCCACAGGCACAUGAUAGACCUGUCCCACAUAAACGUGGCCCUGAUUGUCGAGUGACCUCCGCGGACGGGCUGACUGGGACGCCGAACACACACUGUGGAACUCCUCCGGAGCUGCGCGCAGAGGCCCCACGAGCCGAGUCUCUCCAUCCACAGCCCUGCCAGGCCGUUGUCUGAGACGCCCGACGGCCCAGAGUAGAUUCCAGAAGAGCUGGACUUGCGGGACGUGGCAGACUCGAGUCGCUGGUAGAGCGUCCACGUUCUGUCGCCACCACAAAGAACUGCAGUUUGGCUUCCUGUUGUUCUCCAAGUGCUCACAGUGCAUGUACACGUUGUUCUUUGUGAUCUCACUGUGUGACCGAUCCCAGUGACCUAGAGUCAGGAGAGACCAUCACCGUCACAGGUUCUCAGUAUUUUUCACAGCAAAGAAUACUUGAUAAUGGUUGCACUUAUCUUCAGUGCAGGCUAGACGAGUGUCUUCUCACCCAGCUUCACUCGCGUUCCUUUCUCAGAAGGCCCUCCAGGGCUCUUGUGGAAACGUAGAGGCAAAUUCGGGUGGCGAUAUCCUGGGAAGCAGGGUGUGCGGGUGGCUGGGAGUGGUGCCAGUUGUGCGGCAGAUUCUGCUUCUUGUAAAUAUUCCCAGAGCGCCAGCCCAGUUCCAGAGGGAAAGCCCCUUUCUACACUCUGCCCAGACACCAUGCAGACGCUGGUGGGCACUGGCGUGAGCCCCCGAGCUGAGCGCAGGUUUUGGGGCCCCGCUAGGGGAGGGUAGGCCAGCUGGAAGCUUGAAAGGACCUGUUUGGUUUCUUCCUCAUUUUAGACACAGCCCCAGGAGGCAUAGUCAUGGCACUGGCUCUGGGAUACGUACGUGACUGUUGGGAAGCCUGGUUGUCACUGCUGUGAUGAGCGUUUUCUUUUUUGAAGGCCUUUUGAGCAGGGGCUGCGCUGUCCUUCAGUGGGCCCGGAGCAGGGGCUGCUCGCACGGGCGUGUGGGCGGGCAGCUCCGGGGCUCGGGGUAGCUUCACGCAGGUGAGACGCUCGCUCCCCGUAAAGUCAUCUUCAGCGAAAUCCGUUCUGGGCAAACGAUGACAGAAGUGCCUUACUGCAUUUGUGCUCAUGCAGGAGUCUCACUGUUUGGGUUUAUUCUAACAUGGGCCUGAACUAUUGGAGCAAAUGAUAACUGGGGCAUACUCAGACUUUUUAGCUGAAUUUUAUACCUAAAAUUUCCUGUCACAUUUAUUAGUAGAAUUAAGGGAAAGAGACGCCUGUUGCUGGUUAGCACAGCGAGGCCCCUCAGCAGGGCACCCCUUUCUCAGCUUUCUCUUGGGGAGCUGAGACACAGGUCAUGUGAUCUUGUAUCUUCUUGUUUUCACAGUUGAAAUUUUAUGUUUUUCAAAUUAAGUCACCAGAACUGCAGGGGAGUGUUGAGACCCACGAGCCUCUGUAACGCUGACUCCACAGUGCACCACGUGCUAGGAGGGAGCCUGCAACGUGAAGGUGGGUGCUCAUGGCCGCUGCUCGGAGGCUGCAGUUCAGGAAGCUGUAGGGACUGGUAGAACACGCUAGAUCACCUCUCGCUGGGGGCGCCCGGCCACUGGUGUGCCCGCCCCCCAGCCCGUCUUCACAAGUAGAUGCAGGUGUGUUCACACGAGUGUGGCUCAGUCCACAGAGCUGGGUUGAAGCGGCAAGUGGGGUACUGCAGGCACCAUGCGGGGGCGUCCAGGCCAUCUACCCCCCCGGGCGGCGGGAGGCUCACAGUUAAGGGGCUUGUUCAGGGCUUGAUGGCGCAGUAAAAUGAGCCUGCCGAUUUUACCGCUUUUUGAAAUAGUCUGAGUGUGCUAUGACUUUGAAGCUAAAAAUCUGCCCGUUGUCUCCAUAACGUAGCUAGGCACCGUUUUUUCUGGUUAGCGAUAAUAAACUAGCUAGGCACCCUUUUUUCGAGUUAGUGAUAAUAAACGAAUCCUAUUUGGGCACCUUGUUCACAGCGGCCCUCAUGGCUACCCUAAGGGCUGCUUUUGUGUUGUCUGAGCCCGACAUGGUGCCCCGGGAUGCGUGUGCGUCUGUAACUGUCUGCACACACCCGGAACACGCUUUCUAUGGAUAGAACAUUCUUGAAUGGCCAUCGGCUAAGUCGGCCAGGCCUUCCGUCAAGGCCUGGUUAGAGAGGUUCCCCGUGGUCACCUCCUGACACGCUGGGCCCGUGGGCACGGGCUUUCAGUGCCGGCCAGGCCUGAGGACGCAGCCUCGGUUUCCUUGAGGAAACUGGGAAAGGAAGGAGCAGAGUUAGAAAGGAGCACUAUUGCCGCCUCGCGCACCGCGCAGCGCAGCGCAGUCAGCCUACCGUGCGCUGAACCCUCUGGGAAGAUCUGUUGCAACCAUUAUCUUUGUUCUUUAUUUAUCAUGCAUUUAAGUGAGAUGCAGAAGCAGGUAACACACUGUGUAAAUAUGGACCUUUUGAAAUUAGAUCCUUAAGGGAAAUGCUUUCGACUCAGCAACAUCGUAGCUAUUUGUUAGUUCUUUUGUGUUGUCUUAUCAAAGUUUAAUGGAUACAGUUCCAUAAUGUUGAUGUGUUUGUGUGUAUAUUCGAUUUUUAUAAAGAUGGUAGUAAGUCAAUACAUUUAUCCUGAUCUGUGUAUUAUUUGUUCACAAAUUCAAGAAGCCAGUGAAUAUCAUUAUAUCUCAUAAGGUAAAGACUUCAGUGAUUAUGUGGAGCUCAGGUACCCUUUCUUUUCAUAUUAUCUUGUUUUGAUUUUAAUGCUGUAAUAUAAGUUCACUUAGCUACUUACUGAGGUAAUCUUGCAUUUCCCUUGGUCUGGCCACAUCUGUUAAGUCUUACAUGAUAUCCUUCUAAGGGAGAAGUGCUAGCUCUUUUUUCCGAAAGCAAUGUUGAGGGUCCCGCCCUUUCUGGCCGGGCAGCACCCUCAGCAGGGGCCUGUGCCCUCUCUGCACCAGGG